GGCUUCCAAACGUUUCUUAUUAAAUUCUUAAACAAGGAAUCUUGUCCUAAGGACCUCCAAAGCUGAAGAUUUCCCAGACUGCCACAGAUAACUUAAACCAUGAGCAACGUUAGUGACAAUCCAAGAACAAUAUGGACAUUUAUUUAUAUUUUUGUAAUAACAAUAACAUGGGAGUCAUCAGUUGCCACUCUAGAAAAUAAAUUACUUCUAGUGUUCAACGAAAUGCAAAAUUUAGAGCCUAUGACAAGCAAUCGGCAUCAUAAUAAACUAUUAAUAACGAAACGUUCAGAGUUAAAACCCGAUGGUGUUGUUUUGCAGCCAUCCCAGAACAACAGAGUAAAACAACAGAGUAAAAUUAGGAACAUUAACCAACUUGUCGUAAACCUAUUAGGAAAUUCAACGCUUCAACGGAUGAACGAAAGCAGGACCUCUAGUGGUGAAGAUGGUCAUUUUAGUAGUUCCAAUUUGGAGAACCCUGAUUCUGAUUUUUUAAAUAUCAAUAUCAACAACAAUUUGCUAAUGAAUAAAGUGAACGAGUCGAGUGAACAAACUCCUCCUAGUGAUACAUUUGUGGACACUGUGUUGAUUCCUGACAAGAACAGAAUUCACAAGCAAGAUGUUGGAAAUGUUGAGAGCUACUGGAUUCUUUCGUGGAUGGAAGAUUCUUAUACCAUGAGUAUCGUGACGCCCGUGGCAGCAGGUGUCGUUGGAGGCUUCCUGGUUCUGGGCACCAUACUGGUUUGCAGUUAUAUUUACCGAUCCUGUCAUUCACGUAAGAACAAAAUAAGGAAGAAAACUCUAAAAGGUCCUGUCAGAUCACUUAGACCAGCUGAUCGCAUAAUGUUAUUAGCAGAGACCUCUGAUGACGAAUUUUAAAACUUGACUGGGAACAUUAUAUUCCUUUUUACUGGACAUUACUCGAGAAUGUCACCACUAUGAUAACAUAGUCUGCAAAAGACGUUUCUUUGUCGAGUCUGUAGAAAACAACGUUGAGAGAGAUACAAUAUCAGUAUGCUGGUACUCCUUUUCCUUGCAAAAUAGUGAAACUAUUAAGGAAACGACUUGGUGGAAGUUAUUAUUUUAUAAUUCAGACGUAGCAAUACACGUAAAGUUUAACCUGCUGCACUUAUCUCUAUUCUACUCGCUCCUUCAAGAUACUCAGUUCAGAUCGUUUCGCACUUAUUUUAGCUUAAGUAUUUCUUCAACAAACCGUUUUUGUUAUUGGUACUUUAAUAAUAAUCACGGGAUUCAUUCAUUGGCAGUGUUUAUACGUCUUUAGCAUCAACCUAAUAUUUACUUAACACAUCGAGUAUGAUUUUACCUAUUUCUUUUAUUACUUGGUCAUUUUAUAUUGAGGUGUUUAUUUUAAACAGCAACUUUAAAAAUAUUUUACUUGUACUCGAAUAAGCUUAAAAU